GGGCGUACAAGGACGGCCGCGCGUUCAUGGAGCUGCCGGCGAACGACCUCACCGCCUCGGCGUCGCUGCCGGUGCAGCAGCAAUUCUACGAGGAAGCUGGCAUUAAGAUGGCGGCCUUCAUGGGAUGCGAAAGCGGCGAGAUCGAGGUCGGCAUGUCCACUCCGGCAAGCGGCGGGUCGCCCAUGAGCCUCGAGUCGAGCUUGCAUCAGGUUUUCUCGGAGGACUUCUUCCAGCAGUCGCUGCUCGAGGAGCUGCUCCAGCUCCCGCCAACGCGGCCGUCGUCGCCGUCCUCCUCGCUUCCGUCCGUCUCCGUGGGGAGCCCGGCGGCCGAGGGCUCGACGUCGCUGCUCCGCACGCUGCCCGUCACGCCGCCGCCGGUCGCCACGCCGUCGUCAGGACCAGAACGGCAGGCGCCGGCGCCUCCGCUCCACCACCCGCGCCCGCCGCUCGCGUCACCAUUCAGCCGGCACGGCGGCCGUCUCCAUUUCCCGAGCCCCGACGCCGACGACGCCGCGAUGGCGGAGGCCAUGCUGGCCGUCAUCUCCGCCUCCUCGUCCUCGGCGCUGCCGACGACUCAUCCGUCCACGUCGACGGCGGCGCCUCCUCCGGGAAACCACCACCACCACGGCGCGCGCCGGUGGCCGCGGCGGCGGGGCACGACGACGACGGCGUUCCGGGCAUACAACGCGGCGCUGGCGCCGAGGGUGCCGUGGCGGCCGCCGGGCGCGCCCGGGCAGCGGAUGAUCAAGAUGGGCAUCUCGAUCCUGAGGAGGAUGCACAUGCUCAGGUUCAGCCGGGAGCGCACCGGAGGCGCUACUGCGAUGGCGCAGCAGGCGCAGGAGGAAGAGGAGGACACGCCGGCGGCACCGACGAGCAGCCAGCUCAACCAUAUGAUAUCGGAGCGGCGGCGGCGGGAGAGGCUCAACGAGAGCUUCGAGGCGCUCAGGGGGUUGCUGCCUCCGGGAUCAAAGAAAGACAAGGCCACGGUCCUGGCCAAGACGCUGGACUACAUGAACAUCCUGGUAGCCCAGAUCGCCGACCUCGAGGCGAGGAACCGAAGCCUGGAGAGCCGAGCUCACCAGCACGCCAAUGGCGGCGGCGGCGGCGGCGGCGGCGGCUGGAAGGAGCGGCCCUACUACUCCUCGUCGGAGCAACAAGAAGUGGUGGUGCUUCAGGGGCUGAGCGGCGGCACGUCAGAGAGGGUAGGGCAAGUCCACGUGACCGCCGCCAGCGGCGCCGCUGCCUCGGCAUCGUCGUCGUCGUCGUCAGCGGUGGCCGGGCGGGAGGUCACCGUGCGGGUGGAGGCGCGGGCCGCGCACGGCGACGUGGCCGAGCUGGUGGCCCGUGCGCUGGCCGUGAUCAAGGAGAUGGGGCGCUUCACGGUGGUUGCCGUCGACGCCAGGCGGCCGGGCGAUGGCGCUGCCGCCCACGCCACCUUUACGCUGCGAGCAACGGCGGGCGAAUUCGACGAGGCGUCGCUGAGGGAGGCCGUGAUGAAGGUAGCUGCCGAGGAUUCGGCGACACCGGCGCCGUCGGACGACGACUCGUAGACGACGACGCAUGCGGUAGGAGACUGGGCGUACGUCGUCGCCUGUUUUUGACCACAAGAUCGAGGAGAGAGCAUGGUGGCCAGCCACACACCCACCCGGGGUGUUGAGCCCAGGACUCCAAAUCACGAGUCCAAAGAUCCCUAGCACACGGACAUAUGACUUAUUUUCUUUUCUUUUAAGCGGUGUUUGUUCCGCGGAUUAAAAUUCAGUUAAUGUCACGUCAAAUAUUUAUAUACUAAUUAGGAGGAU